CCCAUUUCGCGUCGUCUGGGCUAGGGUAGCGGCCCGGCUCCAGGCGGACGCAAUAAUCAUGGGGUCGUCAAAGAAGCACCGUGGCGAGAAGGAGGCGGCCGGGACGACGGCUGCGGCCGGGACUGGGGGCACGACCGAGCAGCCGCCACGGCAUCGCGAGCAUAAGAAACACAAGCACCGGAGCAGCGGCGGCGGCAGCAGCGGCGGCGAACGACGGAAGCGGAGCCGGGAGCGUGGGAGUGAGCGCGGGAGCGGGCGGCGUGGGGCGGAAGCCGAGGCCCGCAGCGGCGCGCACGGUCGCGAACGAAGCCAAGCGGAGCCCUCGGAGCGGCGCGUGAAGCGGGAGAAACGCGAUGACGGCUACGAGGCCGCUGCCAGCUCCAAAGCCAGCUCUGGCGAUGCCUCAUCCCUCAGCAUUGAGGAGACCAAUAAACUCCGAGCAAAGUUGGGGCUGAAGCCCUUGGAGGUCAAUGCUGUUAAGAAAGCCAUGGGCAAGCAUAGCCUCACGUCUGGGCCCCCCUUCCAGAGGCGGGCACCAAGGAGGAGCCCGUGGCAGCCGAUGUUAUCAACCCCAUGGCCUUGCGACAGCGGGAAGAACUGCGGGAGAAGCUGGCAGCUGCCAAGGAAAAACGCUUGCUGAACCAAAAAUUGGGGAAAAUAAAGACACUGGGGGAGGAUGACCCCUGGCUGGAUGAUACUGCAGCCUGGAUAGAGAGGAGCCGGCAGCUACAGAAAGAGAAGGACCUGGCAGAGAAGCGGGCUAAGCUACUAGAGGAGAUGGACCAAGAGUUUGGUGUGAGCACUUUAGUGGAGGAGGAGUUUGAGCAGAGGCGACAGGACCUGUACAGUGCCCGGGACCUGCAAGGCCUCACUGUGGAACAUGCCAUCGAUUCUUUUCGAGAAGGGGAGACUGUGGUCCUCACCCUCAAGGACAAAGGGGUACUGCAGGACGGGGAGGACGUGCUGGUGAAUGUGAACAUGGUGGACAAGGAGCGGGCGGACAAGAACGUGGAGCUUCGGAAAAAGAAGCCUGACUACCUGCCCUAUGCGGAAGAUGAGAGUGUGGACGAUUUGGCACAGCAAAAACCUCGUUCUAUCCUGGCCAAAUAUGAUGAGGAACUGGAGGGCGAGCGACCACAUUCCUUCCGUCUGGAGCAGGGUGGGAUGGCCGAUGGCCUGAGGGAACGAGAGUUAGAAGAAAUCCGCACCAAGCUACGGCUGCAGGCUCAGUCUCUGAGCUCCGUAGGGCCCCGGCUUGCCUCUGAGUACCUCAGUCCCGAGGAGAUGGUGACCUUCAAGAAGACCAAACGGAGAGUGAAGAAAAUCCGAAAGAAGGAGAAGGAGGUGAUAAUGCGGGCAGAUGACUUGCUGCCCCUGGGCGACCAGACUCAGGAUGGGGACUUUGGAUCCAGGCUCCGGGGCCGGGGUCGGCGCCGAGUUCCUGAGGUGGAGGAGGAGGCCCUUGAGGAUGAGGAGAAGGACCCUGUGGCCCAGCCGCCACCAUCGGAUGACACUCGAGUAGAGAACAUGGACAUCAGUGAUGAAGAGGAUGGGGGAGCUCUUCCGCCAGGGUCCCCAGAGGGGCUGGAGGAAGACGAGGCAGAGCUGGAGCUGCAGAAGCAGCUGGAGAAGGGGCGCCGGCUGCGGCAGCUGCAGCAACUGCAGCAGCUCCGAGACAGUGGUGAGAAGGUGCUGGAGAUUGUGAAGAAACUGGAGUCUCGCCAGCGCGGCUGGGAGGAGGAGGAGGACCCUGAGAGGAAGGGGACCAUCGUGUUCAAUGCCACUUCUGAAUUCUGCCGCACGCUGGGGGAGAUCCCCACCUACGGGUUGGCUGGCAACCGCGAGGAGCAGGAAGAGCUCAUGGACUUUGAAAGGGAUGAGGAGCGCUCGGCCAACGGUGGCUCUGAAUCAGAUGGGGAAGAGAACAUUGGCUGGAGCACCGUCAACCUGGAUGAGGAGAAGCAGCAUCAGGAUUUCUCUGCUUCCUCUACCACCAUCCUGGAUGAGGAGCCCAUCGUGAACAGAGGGCUGGCUGCUGCCCUGCUCCUGUGUCAGAACAAAGGACUGCUGGAGACCACAGUACAAAAGGUGGCCCGGGUGAAGGCUCCCAAUAAGUCACUGCCCUCAGCAGUGUACUGCAUCGAGGAUAAGAUGGCCAUUGAUGACAAGUACAGCCGACGGGAGGAGUACAGGGGCUUCACCCAGGACUUCAAGGAGAAAGAUGGCUACAAGCCUGAUGUUAAGAUUGAAUACGUGGAUGAGACGGGCAGGAAACUGACUCCCAAGGAGGCAUUCCGGCAGCUGUCCCACCGCUUCCACGGAAAGGGCUCAGGCAAGAUGAAGACUGAGCGGCGGAUGAAGAAGCUGGAUGAGGAGGCGCUCCUGAAGAAAAUGAGCUCCAGUGACACGCCCCUGGGCACCGUGGCACUGCUCCAGGAGAAGCAGAAGGCCCAGAAGACACCGUAUAUCGUGCUCAGUGGCAGUGGCAAGAGCAUGAAUGCGAACACCAUCACCAAAUGAAGCCGCCCUCCUCCCUGGCCCAGAUGUAGUGUUAAAUAAAGUUCCCUCCUUAUUUUUCCUCUUGGUUGUGCUGCUGUCUAAGGUUAGACCUAGGCAAGGCCUCUGUCACGGUCAGUUCUGCCAUCUGGCAAGUCGCUGAGCCUCCUCGCCCUUCUGUGUUGCCUUCCGAGUGGUCAGAACACCUGCUUCAUGCGUGAGGCGCCGGUGAGCUCUUUCGUUCACUCUCUGGUUAUCCAGGAGCGGAUGGGCCUGAUCCUUGAACCUGUGUGAUUUAAAGUCUGAUCUCUGCCUGUAAGACUGGCCAUUUAAUGAACAGAGGAGGUGAGAAACCAGCCUGGUCCCUCAGAGGACAUUCCUCUGUGAGCUGACUCCAUUGUAACAGAAGCCCUCCACCCAGUGGCGUGUACCUGUCACACUGCGGUCAAAUUGGCUUCUUGAUCCCAAAUCAUUGCUGUUUUCAGACUGGUCACAUGCGUGUUGCUAGGCCUUAGAGAGCCACUAACCACCCUGUGUUGUCCUGGUUACAGUUUUCAGGGUACUAAGUAAGGAUUGCCUAGGCUCUCUGGAAGGGUAGAGAUGUUACCUCCUGUCCCCUGUGUUACUGUGGCAUUUGUGGAGGCAUGAGGGUCAUCCCAGGACUGGGGUAGGGGUUACCUCGAGUGCACUUAUAUACGAGGACUGAGCCACCCUGCUAGGUGCCUGCAACUGUGCCUGGAAAGAUGGGCUUUCUAGGAAGGCGCUGUGGAAGAAGCCCUGCUGAGCCACAGGCUGUGGGAGGACCCUGCCCCACAGGUGGCUACUUUGAAUCAGAAGAUGAGUGCCCUGUGUCAGUUACUGAAGCUAGCCCCAUGUGGGUCUCUGGUGAGUGUAUCAAAUAACUAGAAAAAAGCAAGAGACAGGAAACCCAGUUGUUUAUAAGUGAUACUAGGUAGCAGUUCCUGAGACACUGACCAUAAAAGAGGUGAGGUCAGUUGGUGUUCUCGGCUGUGCCUGUGGAUCUUGGCUAGUGAUGGUUGUGCAGGAGUGUCCAUUUCUCUAAGUCUCAGGUGCUUGAUUAUGGUGUCUACUGGCUAUGGCCAUUGGUCAGAGGUCACUUUUUUUGUUUCCUUUUUUGAGACAGGGUUUCUCUGUGUAGCCCUGGCUGUCAUGGAACUCUGUAGAACAGUCUGGCCUUGAACUCAAGGAUCCACCUGCUUCUGCCUCUUGGGUGCUGGUAUUAGAGGUGUGUGCCACCACCACCUAACUAAAAGCUCACACUUAUUUUCAGGAAAUUGGGUUGGUGCUGUUGCUGCCACACCUUAGGGAGAGCAGGGCCUAGGGGCUACCAAGUAGCAGGAGACUUGAUGCCAAGGGCAGACAGGAACCCAGGUUCGCUGUCAGCGGGUGGAGAAGGUUAGCGACUUAGGUUUGUAUUUGGGACAUUGGUCUAAUGUCGCAUAUUUGGUUACUGAGUUUCACUCACUGCUGAAUGAUUACCACAGGCAAGUCACUGACUUGGGUUCUGAGCUGCAGAGGCGUGUGAUCUCUGACUCCCACUCGGGCUUUGCUGAGAAUCGCCUCUUGUUACCUCUAGCCCUCUCCUAACAUGGAGAGGGAAGGGAGGGCUGUUCUCCAUCCACAUGGACACCAUAGGCAUAUCUUAGCUCUCGGAGUGUGGUCAUGAGAACCCCAGAAGUCUGACGCCAGCUGUGCCUUAGCCCUUGCUCUGGGGUCCUCAUCCCUUCAGGCCAUGCCUGUGUCUUGCUGAGGUCCCCAGAGGUCAUCUUCCAGCUUGAGACUCUCCAGGUUUGGCCCACAUGCCUAGUAGGUGGAUGUGGCACUACCUGGGCUCUCUACCCCACCAUAAGUCAAAACCAGGAGCAAGAGAGGAGACAGUGCACUGGGCUCAGUAGCAAGUGUGAGGGAGUCCUUCCGUCUGUUUCUGAAUAUUGUGAAAUGUCCCAUUGUAGAACAGACCACGUUGGCUUAGCAAUGAAAGUGCCCUUUUGUCAGCUCAGUACAUGAAGAGGGAUGUAUCUAACAGCACUAAUGCCACACCCAUUGACAGAAUGGGUCAAUAACUUCUGUGACCGAAUGAAAAAUGUGGUUUGCAUCUUAUGGAUGAGGAGGUAGCCAGACCCAAAAUUGUUCCUGCUUCCAAUCUGCAACCUAAUAGACAAAUUUAAUUACUGUCAGAGGUCAGAACCAUAUCGUAGUUGGGGAUGGAUUUAAAAAGGUAGCAGAUUAGUUCUCUAACUCCAGAAAUGCCUCUGGGACCAAGAAUGGCCCACAAAAUAGGUUUUCUGUUGGAACACUUACUAUCAGGUAAUAAUUUCUGUUUGUCCUGUGUUUUGUUAACAGUUUUUCUUCCGUUUUGAAUUGAGGUUUUAAAAUUUUUAAUGUUUAUGGGUGUUUUAUCUGCCUGUGUCUAGUCACAUUCAUAUCAAGGCAACAGAGCCAGAAGAGGGUGGCAGAUGCCCUGGAACUAAAGUGACAGAUGGUUAUGAGCUGUCAUGUUCACCAUGCUGGGUAUUGAAACUUGGCUCAUAAUCACUGAGCCAUCUCUUCAGCUCCCCUGCCCCAAAGCAAUAAAGUUUGAGUUUAUUAAAA